AUGUCGGAUUACAGCAAGCUCGGCCAGAUUGACCCCGAAUAUGCCGCCGCGAUAGCCAAUUUUCCGGCGCCUGGAAAGAUUGAUCCUCGUUUGCGCGAGAAGCUUAAUGGGGACUUUGAGGCACAUAUCAAAGAAGCCCUGAGGCCGCAUCUUCCUCCGGGUGCGCCGGUCGCAUGGCGCCGUAUAUUGAACGCUUUCCUAACGGCGACGAAUCGUCCAGAUGAUUCGUACACUGUGGCAGACCACCACGUCCAUCUUGAUGACGAAAAUGUGCUCGUCCGCUGUUUGACGCCUCGCGGCCCUGGGGAUGUUUCUUUCCCUGUCUUGUUUUGGAUCCAUGGUGGAGGAUGGAUUGUGGGCAACGUGAAGCUUGACGACUAUCAUCUGAGAAUCAUCUGCGUACAGUUGCAGAUCGCCAUAAUCAGUGUCGAGUAUCGCCUCGCACCAGAACACCCAUUCCCCACCGGUCUCAACGAUUGCUAUGAUGCGCUGAAAUGGGUACCGUACUCGCGGAGUUGUGAUACUGUCAACAACCAGACGCUCUUUGGCGGUGAUAUCUCGCGCGGCUUCCUAAUAGGAGGACAGUCGUCGGGAGGCAACUAUGCGGCGGUUCUCGCCCACCGUGCCCGAGACGACCCAUUCUUCGAGAACCGCAGGCUUAGCGGAACCGCAUUGCAGAUUCCCAUCGUACUACAUCCAAAGGCGUAUCCUGAUAAGUACAAGGGCGAGCUGCUUUCCAUGGAGGAAUUCCGUGCUACUCCGCCGCUGUUGAACGGGGAGAUGAUAGAGGCCUGCUGGGCGGCACUAGGCGCAGAGCCGCUCAAUCCCGAUGGCUCGCCCUUCCUGUAUUCCUCGCACACAGGCCUCCCACCGACGUACGUGCAGGUGUGCGGACGGGAUCCGCUCCGGGACGAAGCUCUGGUGUACGAGAAGCUUUUGAAAGAGCAUAAUGUUCCGACAAGGCUUGACGUGUAUCCUGGGGUGGGACAUGGAUUCCACCUCUAUUUUACCACCCUUACUGCAGCUGUGAAGCUCAAUGCAAACUUCAAGGCAGCAAAUGUCACGCGGUUGUACCGUGACAUUGCGUUCCUACAUGUUGUCGUUAUCGAAGAAUUCACGGGUGGUCCGUAUGGCGAGACACACCUGCGCCAUGUCUUAUUAGGGUGGCGUUAUGUGGAAGCGAGUACUGACGUUCAACACUUACCUGUGUGUUGGAACAAGAGUGCGAACGGCGCGGGGCCGGCAGCGACGCUUGCCCGACAUACCCAAAAGUCAACACAAUCGCGUGUGGGGCCUCCGGCCCCUGGCUACUCGCGCGCCCGAGCUUUCGAGCUCGUUCCUGACCACGCGGGGCUGCGCAUUUCAACACUGUGGUCUGUUGUCGAAGCUAUGAGAGCUCCUUCCAUCGAUAGCACUGACAGUAGCUACUAUGGGGUGUUAAACCUAACGUGGGACGAGAGCGCUGUACUGUACAAAUAG